AUGACUUCGGACACGAAGUCUGGAGAGUUCGCAAUGACGGAGUACACCACUGUGAAGGCGGGUUAUGAGUUGCUCAAUAAAAAAUAUCGAAGGAAUCAUCGCGAAAUGGAUAAAGGGGUCUCUGCCUUAAAUAAGUCUUUGGAUGAACUUGAAUCAGCAACGGAUAUAACCAAAGCUGUAGAACUUCUUAACAAAGUCGUUAAUGUUGUCAGUGGAUCAAAGCGGAAGGCUGAUUCAGUUUACGCGGAGGAACUGAAACUUCUUCUAGCAUCUAAACGGAGAAUUGAGCACAUCACUCAAGUAUCUGUGCUUGACAAAAAGCUAUCUACAACGGAUACAUCCUCAGGAACACAAGAACUGGUGAAGAAGUCUUUGUUACGCGCUGAUCCUGCAUCAGGUUUAUUCAAUUCGUCGGAACAGGCACUGUUUCUAACGCGAUUUCAACGCCAUCUAGCGGAUUAUCUCUUCACUUGUGGUUAUCCAAAAGCCGCGUUGAAGUUGGCCAACGAGAAUCCAGAUCUAAAGGAACUCUGUCUGACAGAAUUGUUUGAGGAGGCAGUGCUGAUUGAGGAUGCUCUCGCCCGUGGGGACACUGGUCCGGCUCACUCUUGGUUGCAGGAAGCCAAUUUUAAGUUGAAGAAAAAUGAGAGUGUCUUCGAAUUCGAUUUGCGUGUGUUCGAGUUCUAUUUAUUGGUUCGCGAAGGCAAGAGAAUGGAGGCAAUACAGCACGCAAGGAAAUACAUGAGCUCAAUCAAGAAACCAGAUGAGUAUAAAGCCACCAAACUGGGACAAGCAAUGGUCCUGCUUGCUAUGCGAACUCCAGAAGAACUCCAGGCUAAAGCUGAAUACAAUAACCUGACGGAGAAAUGGAUUGUCAAGCGUGCCCACGAAGUUCUAAUGGAUUUCUAUUCCUAUCCGGCCUACUCCCCUUUCCAACUGAUCGUCAAUGCUGGUAUAUCUGUGAUCAAAACACAUCAAUGUUAUGACUCAAAAUCGCAACACAGGGAUUGUGCAGUUUGUCACCCAUUGAUCAACCAGUUGGCUGUCCCACUGCCUUUUGGACGGCAUGACCAUUCGGUGCUGACCUGCUACCAGACGGGUCUGCCGAUGAACGAGCACAACCUUCCAAUGUCACUUCCAAACGGUUACGUUUACAGCGAAAAGGGCAUCGCUGAACUCACUGGACCAGAUGGGAUGGUCACGUGUCCACGGUCGGGUAAACGCUUCAAGACUUCUGAAGUGCAACGAGUGUUUAUCCUAUACAUCAUUAUCCUCCGAUUAGCUGUGGCUUUUCUUCCCCAACCAAACAUGCAAAGUACACAUGCACAGUUAGGUGAGGCACGUUUUGGUCCAUCUCGUCUUACAAUGGCUUUGAUCUGUCAAUGCAUUGCCAAGGCACUUUUUGCAUCCUGUUCUGCCUCACAU